CUUCUCCUGCCUUUUGGAGGGAGGACAAGCACAGUAUACAAACUACUAUAUAUGUAACUCCUUCCUUCGUCACAGUUGAAUAAACACAUUAUUCAAAAUUUUCUUUUCAAGAUGGAGAAGAUAGAGCACUCCACAGUGUCUACCAAUGGCAUUAACAUGCAUGUGGCCUCAAUAGGCACAGGCCCACCGGUUCUGUUUCUCCACGGCUUCCCUGAACUCUGGUACUCUUGGCGUCACCAGCUUCUCUAUCUUUCUUCCAAGGGUUAUCGUUGCAUUGCCCCGGAUCUUCGAGGGUACGGUGACACCGAUGCGCCGCCCUCCGUGACGUCAUACACGGCUUUCCACAUUGUGGGUGACCUUGUUGGGCUUCUUGAUAAUUUGGGCAUUGAGCAGGUUUUCUUGGUGGGUCAUGAUUGGGGUGCUAUGAUUGCUUGGCAGUUUUGUUUACUUCGGCCUGAUAGAAUCAAGGCCUUGGUCAACCUUAGCGUCUCAUUUUAUCCCAGAAACCCAAAGUCAAAGCCUCUGGAUGGCUACAAGGCGUUGUUUGGUGAUGAUUAUUAUAUUGUAAGGUUUCAGGAACCAGGAGAGAUCGAAGAAGCCUUUGCUAAAUUUGAUACUGCAAAGCUGCUGAAGAAUUUUUAUUUAUCUCGCAAUCCAGAACCUCCUCGUUUCCCCAAGGAAACAGAAUUUAGAGGUCUACCUGAUCCUCCCACCUUGCCCCCUUGGCUGUCUGAAGAAGAUGUCAAGUAUUACGCAACAAAAUUCGACCAGAAAGGCUUUACUGGAGGAUUGAACUAUUACCGUUGUAUCAACUUAAGCUGGGAGCUCACAGCAGCAUGGACAGGGUUUCCAAUUAAAGUUCCUGUUAAGUUUAUCGUGGGAGACCUGGACCUCACUUAUCACAUUCCAGGUGUGAAGGAAUAUAUACACGAUGGUGGUUUUAAGAGAGAUGUACCAUUUCUGGAGGAAGUAGUUGUGAUGGAAGGGGUAGCCCAUUUUAUAAACCAAGAAAAACCAGACGAAGUCAGUGCACACAUUUAUGACUUCAUAAAAAAGUUCUGAUGGCAUUGGCCGUUUCACCAUGCUGCAACCCUUGAAGGUCUUGUUGGAGUUGAGACCCAGACCUUGUCUGGUUAUCUUGUAUCUUGUUGGAGGAUUUGCCAUCGUUUGUCAUUUUUUUUUUUUUUUUGGUUGUUGUUUCUUCUGUUUCAUUUCAUAAACAAUGAAUAAUAAUAGAGGCAGGGCUGCCACCUCGUGUACUGAGAGUGGUUUUAACUUUGUCAAUGUUUGAAAUUUGCGGUGCAGGCAUUAAUCUACAAUGCUGUCAAACCAAUAAUAAUAUGAAAACUUGGGUUUCAGUUA